GUUCCAACUUCCUCAAUUUGUAUGGGCGCUAUGCUCUUCGGUAUGUGACGUCUAUAUCAAUUUUCUCCUUAUAGACGCAACAGAUAGAAGUAAGAUUAGUAGUGAUCAAAAGCGCUUAUUUAUCGCAUUAAGCCUAUACCCCCUUUUUUUUCGCAAACACUCCCUUUAAAUUCGGACACAGUGUAUGUUAAUUUGGAUUUGAAAAACUUUAAGAAAGAUAACUUGUGCUUAUUUAGAUCUAAAUGACAGGGUUACACUCACCCUUGCUGUUCGUGAGUUCCCCUCCCCCCACACUGGAGCUCGGAUCAAGGAUCUUAUGCUACAAAUCCUUGAUGAUUUUCUUCUUAGAGGAAAGAUCUCCUAUGUAACUGCUGACAAUGGGAGUAAUAUAGUCAAGGCUUUAACGUUACUGAGGGUGGAUUCUGUUGAGGACCCAAUUGAAGAAGUGGUUCUACCGGGAGAUUAUAAUCCUACUCUAGUUGAUGGAUUGGCUCAAGAUGAUGAAGCUAGUGAUGAAGAUUCUGCUGACGAAGAUUCUCCUCUAACUGCUGAAGACGGGAUUUCCUUGGCAGUGAAAAGAAGACUUCCAUAAACUGUGUUUAUAUAAUGCUGAAGAAUUUGUUGUGUGGGUUGAGAAGAUUAUCUCCAACGUCUUUCCUCCAAAGCCUCAUCAGUUCGAUUGAGUCAAGAUUUAAGUGUGUACUCAAGCAGGAUGAUUCAGACUUUGAACCAGUAUAUAUAGUGGCCACUUUCCUGGACCCCUUUCUAAGUCUCUACCUAGACCAUGACGUCCGCACUAGAGCUAGACGUGAGCUUAGGAACUAUUGUAGGGUCCCGGGAGUGCACCUACAGCCACAGGAGGAAACCUAUGAAGACCAGGAGAAGGAAUCUGAGGGGAAUAAGGCUGAGCCUGGGUUUUUAAUGUUCUUGAAACCAGUGGUUGAAGAAAUUAACUCGGCUGACCCAUUUGAGGCAGACAUGAAGACGAUGGAGGCAAGGUUCAAAGAAUACAGGAAAGAAAUUAUGGGACCCAAUGCAGAUAAAGACCCUCUGCUCUUUUGAGAGUGGC